CGCUAACUUCACGGACAUAGUUUUCCCCUACAUCUGGAUGCGCUUUUCCUCUACAGCAUUCUCUACAUUACCAGCGCAUUCAUUACAAAAUACAAAAACAAUUUAUCGGGCGCGUUAUGCUUUUUUAAUUUCAAUUUGUUAUGUGAUUUAUAUGUAGAAUAAAUGAAUUAUAGUACCAGUAGUGUGUUUAUAUACCUUGUAUAGUACUGACUGCUGCAGAAGAAACACUCAAACACUGGACGUUGACAUGGAUCAAGAAGUGGAUAUUAGCAUCAUCAUCCCAGUCCACAAUGCCGAGCGGUGGCUAGCUGCCUGCCUGCAGUCAGUAGCGGACCAGGACCAGGACCCCAGUCUCCGGGUGGAGGUGUCUGUAUAUCUGGACGGCAGCACUGACCAGUCAGCUGCCAUUUUGGAACAUUUCAGCUGCCAGCUGCGGCAGAAAGGAUACACAGUGGUUGUGUCCUCUGGUACUCCUGCCCAUGGAGUCGGAUACGCCAAGAAUCGAGCUGUAGCUCAGAGCUUGGGAAGUUUUCUUUGUUUUCUGGAUGCUGAUGAUGUGAUGAGACCCUGCCGUCUCCGAUGCCAAUACGAGGAGGCUGCCAAAUUUCCGGAUGCGAUCGUUGGCGGUCGGUUUGUUCGUGAACCGGCAGACUCCACCGAACGUUACACCCGCUGGGCCAAUCAGCUGUCGCCGCGUCAGCUGACGCAGCAGGUGGUGACGUCACACGGUCCGACAGUCAUCAUGCCAACCUGGUUCUGCAGUCGCGCCGUGUUCGAUCGCGUGGGCGGGUUUGACGAGUCUGGUCGCGGCACUCCGGAGGACCUGAUAUUCUUCUACCGACACCUGGACCUGGGCGGUACGGUACGCCGCGUACCCGACGAGGUACUGGUGUACCGGUACCAUCCGGACGCGGUCACCUUCACCAUACAUGAAGACACUAUCUGGGCGCUAAGGCUAGAGAGGCUCUGUCGGCACUGGCUGGACGGAUGGACAGCCGGUUUUACCAUAUGGAACGCCGGAAAACAGGGUAGGAAACUGUACCGAAGCCUGCCCGACGAGCUGAGAGACAGGGUUCUGGCCUUUUGCGAUGUGGAUGAGCGCAAACUUCACCAGGGAGUUUACAUCUACGAAAACAGCGAGCUCAGGCCCAAACCACGAGUGCCCAUUGUGCAUUUCAGCAAGGCUCAAAAGCCGUUUGUGAUCUGUGUGAAAAUGGACCUUACGGGCGGGCAGUUUGAGAAGAACCUGGCGAGCUUGGGUUUAGAGGAGACAAAAGACUAUGUCAUGUUCAGCUGAGUGUCUUUGGCGUUUGUCAGGUAGGGUAUGUCUCUACAGACAUACCACUAAUGUGAUAUUGUCAUGCAUUGAUCAUUGUUAUAGCACACUCCACAUUCGUCUACAUUACUGACGUCAUGCUUUGGAAACAGCUGAUACAUGCGUUUCCAAAGAUUAUCAUUGCAAAAUCCACUUGUUCAGCGCUUGAAUGUAGAACUAUGUCGUUACUUGCGUUGUUAUUUUGUGCUCGCAGUCGGGCGUCAGCUGAUAUUUUGCGUUAUGCAAAAUGAGGAUAUACAUAGUGGUUUUCGUAUUUCCCCAAGCUGCUGUUAAGUAUUUGACCACAUCGUGUUAAGUACCGGCAUCACCAUUUUUUUCCAUCGACUUAUUCCAAUACAAGACUCUUUGCUCUCCCCAUG